AUGUCAAGAUUCCUGACAAAAGAAGAAAGAAUUUUUCUUCUCAAACAAUGGUGGACGUCCGGAAAAACAUCACGAAUAAUAAAAGCAGCUUUUCAAGCUGAAUUUCCCGAUACAAAAUUUCCAAUUCGACAAGCAAUUUACCAACUAGCAAGAAAGUUUGAUGACACAGGUUCUGUUGAAGAUGCACCACGAAGGGGAAGACCGGCAACAAUUAGGACAGAAGAAAAUAUGCAACGUGUUUCUGAAACUUUUCUUCUGAAUCCACGAACAUCUCAAAGACGUGCAUCACUUGAUCUUGGUAUUUCUCGUAGAAGCUUGGAUCGUCUUAUGCGAGAUUUAAAUUUAAAACCAUACAAACCAAGAUUACUGCAAGCUUUGAAUGAAGAUGAUCCAGAUCGAAGAAUGGAGUUUUGUGAAUGGAUUUUGGUCUCGACUGAAGAAGAUCCAACUUUAUUAGAUCGAAUUCUGUGGACGGAUGAAGCCAUAUGUCAGAUAAACGGUCGUGUUAACAGACAUAAUUGUGUUUAUUGGAGUGAUACAAAUCCACACCUGAUUAUUGAACAAGAACUCAAUGUACCACAGGUGAUUGUUUGGGGAGGAAUAUGGUCAAAUGGUGUUGUUGGUCCAUAUUUUUUUGAAGGAAUCAAAGAAAAGGCAGAGAUUAAAGCAGAUCUUGUGAUAAAAUCAAAUAAACUACUUAAACAAUCAUCAGCACAGAAUGAUAUGAUCAAUAAUCAAAGUCAAUCGUCAUCAAAAACAAAAUCUGAACGAUCAGAAACAAAUGGAAACCGACUAUUAACACGCUCUCCACCUGUCGGUUUACGUAAUUUAGGCAAUACAUGUUUCAUGAAUAGUGCUCUCCAGUGUCUUAGUCAUGUAACACCACUAACCAUAUAUUUUUUCAACAAAUUAACCAACAUAGAUGUUAAUAAUGACAAUAAUUUAGAUCAAAUCAGCAUUUAUGGCGAGAUGACUCGUGCUUAUGCGGAGUUUAUAUGGAACAUGUGGAAGGGUAAUUCCUCAAUUUUUUCGCCAACCCGUCUUCGUAACAUAAUAGGACAAACGGCUCCACAAUUUUCCACAUAUGAACAACAGGAUGCUCAAGAAUUUAUUAGCUUUUUAUUGAACGCUAUUCACAAUGAUAUGAAAAGCAAUACAAAAAAUGAAAAUACCAUUAUAAAGAAACUAUUCCAUGGCACUAUUCAAUCCACGACUAUUUGUCUUAAAUGUAGAAAAAACCGUAAAGUAACUUCAAAUGUUAUCAGUUUUCUUCCUUUAUCUCUUGUUCAAAAGAAACGUUCCUUUGAAAUUCACUUCAUCUCUCGCGAUGGUAACACAAGUAUUGUUUCUAUUGAAGUUCCUUCAAAUGGAUCAGUUGAAAAUCUCGUACAAAUGUUUGCUGAACUAAAAGGAUUAAGAGGUCGACGCCUUUGUGUAUUAUCUCAGGCUCAUUCAGCUGAGAAUUAUUCAAUGACAAAAUUAUUAGGUGAAAUUCUCGAACACGAAAUCACCAUAUGCGAUGAAGGUUACGAUUAUCAAGCCCCUUUUUAUUCUCCUGCGCCACGAUUUGAAGAUAAUCUUACACUCAAUAAAUGUAAAUCGAUACCUACAAUGAUCAAAGAUGAUUUUGAUUUAGCUGAAUUUAAAAAAGUUGUUACUGCAGCAUUUGAAUCAACCAAUGGAUAUCGUUUUGUUGUUGAUGGUACUCAACUUGAUUUGGAACAUGAAGAUCAAUUUAAUGAACAAAAAAAAAUUGAUCCAGUUCAAGAUCUCGAUCAGAGUUAG